CUCUCUCUCUCUCUCACCAAGCUCUCACCACCAAUGGCCAAAAUCUCCCUCCUCCUCUCUCUUCCCAUCCUCUCAUCAUUCCUUCUCUUCUUCCCACUCUCUUCUUCCCAAACUCUCCCCAUAAAUGUGUGGCCCAAACCCACCACCAUCUCCUGGCCAAUCCCCAGAGCCACCCCUCUCUCCCCCUCCUUCAAAAUCCUCUCCCCUUAUACCAAUCACCACCUCCAGUCCGCCGUCGCCCGCUACACCCGCCUCCUCCUCUCCGAGCACUACUACCCCAUCGUUCCCCCCGCCGUGAACCUCUCCUCAUCCCCACCAUUACACUCCUUGGCUCUCUCCAUCUCCGACCUCUCCUCCCCUCUCCAGCAUGGCGUCGACGAGUCCUACUCCCUUUCCAUUUCAUCCUCCACCGGCCUCGCCAACUUGACUGCCGUCACCGUCUGGGGCGCCAUGCGAGGCCUCGAGACCUUCUCCCAGUUAUCGUGGGGUGAUCCUCCGGUGAUUGCCGCCGAUGUCUACAUCGACGACCAGCCCAUCUUCCCCUACCGCGGGCUGUUGGUCGACACGUCUAGGAACUACUACCCGGUGGAGGACAUCAUGAGGACAAUUGAAGCCAUGGGGGCCAACAAGCUGAAUGUGUUUCACUGGCACAUCACAGACUCCCACUCCUUUCCUAUUCUCCUGCCAUCGGAGCCCGAGCUCGCCCUGAAGGGGUCUUACGGACCUGGCAUGAGGUACACUCCGGAGGACGUGAAGGCAAUCGUGGAGUUUGGCAUGAGCCAUGGCGUGAGGGUGCUGCCGGAGAUUGAUACCCCUGGCCACACAGGAUCAUGGGCUGGAGCAUAUCCUGAGAUUGUAACGUGUGCAAACAUGUUUUGGCUGCCGAAAGGGUUAGCUCACUGGGCCGAACGUCUGGCCUCAGAGCCAGGAACAGGUCAGCUCAACCCCCUCGAGCCCAAAACCUACCAAGUUGUUCACAAUGUCAUCCAUGACAUUGCCUCCCUCUUUCCUGAACCCUUCUAUCAUGCCGGUGGUGAUGAGAUCGUACCGGGCUGUUGGAAGGCUGAUACAGCAAUCCAGGCUUUCUUAGCUAAUGGAGGAACACUUAGCCAAGUUCUCGAGCUUUUUGUCAACUCAACACACCCUUACAUUGUGUCCCUUAAUCGCACCGCUGUCUAUUGGGAAGAUGUUCUAUUGGAUCCAUUGGUGAAAGUGGACCCAUCAAGGAUCCCCCGAGAGACCACCAUUCUCCAGACUUGGAACAAUGGCCCUAAUAAUACUAAACUCCUAGUCGCCGCAGGAUAUCGAACAAUCGUGUCCUCGUCGGAUUUUUACUACUUAGAUUGUGGACAUGGAGAUUUCGUCGGCAAUGAUAGUUCAUAUGAUCAAAUUGGUAGUGACAAAGACAGUGAUGGGGGAUCUUGGUGUGGACCUUUUAAAACCUGGCAAAGGGUGUAUGACUAUGACAUAACAUAUGGGCUUAGUGAAGAGGAGGCCAAGCUAGUUUUAGGUGGAGAGGUGGCAAUGUGGUCCGAGCAGGCGGACCCAACAGUUUUGGAUGCCAGGAUAUGGCCCAGGGCAUCGGCAAUGGCAGAGGCAUUGUGGUCUGGAAAUCGAGACCAAAGCGGGAAGAAAAGGUAUGCAGAGGCAACUGAUCGAUUGAAUGAUUGGCGUUAUCGGAUGGUUGGUAGGGGAAUCAGGGCAGAGCCCAUUCAACCCUUAUGGUGCCGAACACAUCCUGGAAUGUGUAAUGUGGUUCAAUAGGGAAGAUGGUGAUUUGUUGGUUUCAAACUAAAAUAUAAUUGGCAUUGUAAAUGUGUUUUCCAUACACUCAACUACUUAGUCGAAGUGUUGGACCUUUCAUUGUUUGAAGAACAAGAAGGCAAUUAUAUAUAAUAACUUAAGUAUUGAAAUGAAAAUAAGACCAUGCCAACCUGCUUUGGAUAA